AUGAGCGACCACCGGCUUCUCCUGCAAGCACUCGCGCUCCUCCGCGCGCGAUCGGUGCCAGUGGUUCUAGGUGCGUACAGCGACGUCUUCACGGUCAGCCUUGUCGUCGCCGACUGGGACCGCCCUGUCCCGUGCCCGCUUGCUCGAAGCUUCGCGGGCAAGCUCAUGGACGCGUACGGGGCAGGCGACGUCGCGCUGUGCCACAUUGAUGCGUCGUACGUUCGCGUCGAGCGCAAUGGGCUCGGGACGCUUGCGUGGCUCGCCGCCAAGCGCGGGGCCACCGCGCAGCUCGGCUUGGACGCAGCAUGCGACUUUGUUCUGUCGCAUGUCGUCGUCGAUGCUGUCGGUGGCGACUACACGCGGUGGCUUCCGACGGCGACCGCCGACGGUGUCAUUGCCUACGUCGCCAUUGAAGCGCCGUCGCGAGCUGCGCGCCAGACGACGCCAGCGACGUGGACCAACGCUGGCCCGAGGACUCUGGUCCAGCUCGACGUCGCCGACACGAUCGUGCUCGAGCCAUUGACCGGCGGGUACCUCGUCGUGUUUGUGUACGCUGUCUUUGGACGUCGCUUGCCCGAUCCACUGGACCUUCUUCGCGUCCAAGCGGUCUUGCCCCGCCAAGAGGAAGACGUCUACGCGCUACCGUGGGCCGGCGCGUUUAGCUCAGCGAGUCUCCUGGCGACGGAGGAUGCCAUCGUGCGCGCGCUCGUGGCCACGAUGGACGUUGCGCUCGUCCGCGCGGCGCCGCGGAAUGAAGCGGAAACGGCCUUCGAUAUUUUGGACGCGAUCGGCCACGAAGCUUGCCACGUCCCAGGACCCGUCCUCGCAGGCUUGGCCACGACCUCGAUCCAUGCGAUCCUCGCUGCGUUCACGACACAGGCGCAAACGCUCCUCGUCUUUUGGCCCAAGGCCCACCGCGCGCGGAUCGCAGGCUUUCGCGCGGCCUUCCGCAGCCUCUACGAUGGGUCGUGGCUCGGGUACCGCUCGGCCACCGCGCUCGCGAUGGCCCUCGUCGACUCGCUCGCGAUGCCGAUCCACGACAGCCUUCUCACACGCGACGCCAUUAGCGCCUUUGGCCGCUACAUUCUCGCGCGGGACUUGAAAUACGUUGUGCUCGCGUUCAUCCAGGCGUAUGCACACGGCCCCGCAAGCGCGUGGCUGCGGCAAGUGGCGGCAAAGUACGGCUGGGAGAUCCUGGCGCACGCGCUGCUCAAGCGCUGCAGUGGCGCCAAGACGUGGCCCGACGUGAUCGCUCGGCUUGUCGAGAUCGGCGCGAUCGUCGACUUGCGGCAGCCGCGCGUGGCCGAGCUCGCGAAGCGCUGCAGCGACGAGCUUGUGCGCACUAUCGUGUGCCUCGACGACGUGCCUCUCGAGCGAUCGAGCGCCAAGCGCCUCUUGACGCUGCUCCUGCGCCUCGACGCCUUCGUGCACGACGCCAUGGCCACCGGCGACGUGUGGUUUGGCGACCGCUUGCCGGCCGCGGUCCACGAGACGAUCGACUCGUUUCUGUACCAAAACACCUACCGCGUCGUUCGACGCCAGCGCGCGAGCUUUGCGCCUCUUGGCGCCGUCGCCGUCGUCGCCGCGGCGAUGCUGCCGCACCCCAUCGCGUCCGCGUACACAGCACAUGUCCUCCGCUCGGUCCAGCACGCGCCGCUCUCGGCCUUUGACGCGGAGACGGUCCAUGCGCUCCUGGCGCUGGACGCGCGGGCCGUCGCUGCGAUCCUUGUGCCGCGACUGUCGUCCAUGCGCGAGCCAUCGACGCCCGAGCAGCGGCGCGGUGCUCUGCACGUGGCCGCGCAGCUGCUCGUGCAUCCCAACGUGACGUGGCCACGACAUGCGGUGCCCGCCCUUUUGCUUGACGUUCGCUUAUGGAACCAAGCACUGGAGCUGCACGGCGCCUUGCCGCUGCACGGCCACUGCACGACAAUCCAAGAUAUUUUUCACCUGCUCUUUCGCCUCGGCGCUCCGUUGCACCACGCCCUCAGCCUGCUCGAGUGGGCCCAAUUGUACCACCGCAACAACCUUGAGUAUGUUCGGCGCGUCAUCGCGCCGCUCUUUGAUAUGCUGACGCGCGUGUACCCGGGCGAGCGAGCGGCCCUCAAGGCGGUCGCCGCCGUCGCAUGGCCGCCGCUCCAGGCCAUCGUGGUCGCCAAAGGUGUGCUGCCGCAGCUCGACUGGUCCAUCGAUGACGCGGACGUCAACUGCGGCUGCGAACUCUGCCUCCGCAUCGCUGUCUUUUGCGCCCACCCGACGUCGCGCGUGCGGUGCUUUGGGCCUCGCGCCGUCCGGCACAGCGACGCAGCGUGCGCGCAAAUGCGGCACCCGGCGCUCCGCGGCGACGUCGUCGACGACGUCUUGACGCUCAUCAAGUGGGACGGCGACGAUUUCGAGCAGUACGAGGCUGAUGUGGCGACGCUCGCGCGGCUUGCGACGUACCUCGCGACGUAG